CCUCCAACUUCUCCGACUAGACCAUCAGGACGGACAGGUAAUCCUCCAACUAGACCAUCAGGGCAGACAGGUACACCUCCGACUAGACCAUCAAUGCCUACAGGUACUCCUCCAACUAGACAAUCGGGACCGACGGGUACUCCCCCAACGAGACCUUCAGGACCAACAGGCUCUCCUCCAACUAGACCAUCUGUACCCACAGGUACUCCCACAACAAGACCGUCGAGACCGACAGGUACUCCUCAGACUAGACAAUCGGGACCAACGGAUACUCCUCCAACGAGACCUUCAGGAUCAACAGGUUCUCCUCCAACUAGACCAUCUGUACCCACAGGCACUCCCCCAACAAGACCUUCGAGACCGACAGGUACUCCUCCGACUAGACAAUCGGGACCGACGGGUAUUCCCCCAACGGGACCUUCAGGACCAACAGAUUCUCCUCCAACAAGAUCAUCUGGACCAACAGGUACUCCCCCAACAAGACUGUCGAGACCGACAGGUACUCCUUCAACUAGACAAUCAGGACCAACGGGUACUCCUCCUACUAGACCAUCGAGACCGACGGGUACUCCCCCAACUAGACCUUCAGGACCCACAGGACCCACAGGUACUCUUCCAACUAGAAUUUCAGAACUGACAGGCACUCCCCCUACUAGGCCAUCAGGACCUACAGGUACUCCCAUAACUAGACCUUCUGGACCGACAGGUACCCCUUCAACUAGACAAUCAGGACCAACAGGUACUCCGCCAACUAGACCAUCGAGACCGACAGGUACUCCCCCAACUAGACCUUCAGGACCCACAGGUACUCCCAUAACUAGACUGUCGAGACUGACAGGUACUCCGCCGACUAGACAAUCGGGACCAACGGAUACUCCUCAAACAAGACCGUCGGGACCGACAGGUACUCCUCUGACUAGACAAUCAAGACCGACAGGUACUCCUCUGACUAGACAAUCGGGACUGACGGAUACUCCUCCGACUAGAGAAACAGGACCCACAGGUACUCCUCCAACUAGAAUUUCAGAACUGACAGGCACUCCCCCUACUAGACCAUCAGGACCGACAGGUACUCCCAUAACUAGACCUUCUGGACCGACAGGUUCUCCUCCAACUAGACCAUCUGUACCCACAGGCACUCCCCCAACAAGACUGUCGAGACCGACAGGUACUCCUUCAACUAUACAAUCAGGACCAACGGGUACAACUCUUGUUAGACCAUCGGGACCGACAGGUACUCCCCCAACUAGACCUUCAGGGCCCACAGGUACUCCCCCAACAAGACUGUCGAGACCGACAGGACUCACAGGAACUCCUCCAACAAGACCAUCAGGACCCACAGGAACUCCUCCAAAUAGACCAACAGGGCCCACAGGGACUCCUCCAACUAGACCAUCAGGACUAACUGAUACUCCUCAAACUAGACCUUCAAGACCGACGGGCACUCCCGUAACGAGACCAUCAGGGCCUACAGGGACUCCUCAAACAAGACUAACAGAACUGACAGGAUCUCCACCGACAGGACCAUUAGAUCUAACAGGUUCUCCUCCGACAGGACCCUUAGAUCUGACACCAUCCGGACAGACAGGAACUCCUCCAACUAGACCAUCAGGACCCACAGGAACUCCUCAGACAAGACCAUCAGGACCCACAGGAACUCCUCCAACUAGACCAUCAGGACCCACAGGAACUCCUCAAACAAGACCAUCAGGACCCACAGGAACUCUCCCAACAAGACCAUCAGGACCGACAGGUACUCUCCCAACUAGACCAUCAGGAGUAACUGAUACUCCCCAAACUAGACCUUCUGGACCCACAGGAACUCCUCAAACAAGACCAUCAGGACCCACAGGAACUCCUCAAACAAGACCAUCAGCACCCACAGGAACU